UCACACCAUAUGUGCCCUGUCCCAGUGCGCGGGUCUGUGGAGAGCCGGGUGCGAGAGACGGCGGCGCGCGGGGAACGAGGACCAAAGUCGGCCAGGGGACAGUGGGCGUGUGAGAGACCCAAUAGAAGGGCUGGGGCCGGGAGCGCCGCUGACACGCGAUGGGGAAGAAGCAGAAAAACAAGAGCGAAGACAGUGCCAAGGACGACAUUGAUGCCUUGGCUGCAGAAAUAGAAGGAGCUGGUGCUGCCAAGGAACAGGAACCUCAAAAGUCAAAGGGGAAAAAGAAAAAGGAGAGAAAAAGGCAAGACUUCGAUGAAGAUGAUAUCCUAAAAGAACUGGAAGAAUUAUCUUGGGAAGCUCAAGGCAUCAAAGCUGACAGAGAAACUGCUGCAGUAAAGCCAACAGAAAAUAAUGAAGAAGAAUCCGCCUCUAAACAAGAUAAAAAAAAGAAAGGACAGAAAGGAAAAAAACAAAGUUUUGAUGAUGAUAGUGAAGAAUUGGAGGAUAAAGAUUCUAAAUCAAAAAAUACUGCAAAACCAAAAGUAGAAAUAUAUUCUGGGAGUGAUAAUGAUGAUGACGACUUCAGUAAACUUAAUAAAAAGCCCAAAGGGAAAGCUCAAAAAUCAAAUAAAAAGUUGGAAGGGUCAGAAGAAGAUGAAGAUAACAAUAAAAGAACUAAAGAGCGUUCCAGAGUAAAUUCUUCAGGUGAAAGUGGUGAUGAAUCAGAUGAAUUUUUACAGUCUAGGAAAGGACAGAAAAAAAAUCAAAAAAAUAAGUCAUGUCCUAAUGUAGAAAGUGGAAAUGAAGAUGAUGACUCCUCCUUCAAAAUUAAGACAGUGGCCCAAAAGAAGGCAGAAAAGAAAGAGCGUGAAAGAAAGAAACGAGAUGAAGAAAAGGCAAAACUGCGGAAACUGAAAGAGAAAGAAGAGUUAGAAACUGGGAAAAAAGAUCAAAGUAAACAAAAAGAAUCUCAAAAGAAAUCUGAAGAGGAAGCUAUAAAAUCAAAAGUGACUGUCGAUAUUGGAGCAACCCCUACCUCUGAAGAGAAAGGAGAGACUCCCACAGCUGCUGAAGAUGACAAUGAUGGAGACAAAAAGAAAAAAGAUAAGAAGAAAAAGAAAGGAGAAAAGGAAGAAAAGGAAAAAGAGAAGAAAAAAGGACCUAGCAAAGCCACAGUUAAAGCUAUGCAGGAAGCUUUGGCUAAGCUUAAAGAAGAAGAAGAGAGACAGAAAAGAGAAGAAGAAGAACGUAUAAAACGACUUGAAGAAUUAGAAGCCAAACGUAAAGAAGAGGAAAGAUUGGAACAAGAAAAAAGAGAAAGGAAAAAGCAAAAAGAAAAAGAAAGAAAAGAACGCUUGAAAAAAGAAGGGAAACUUUUAACUAAAUCCCAGAGAGAAGCCAGAGCCCGAGCUGAAGCUACACUUAAACUUCUUCAAGCUCAGGGUGUUGAAGUGCCAUCAAAAGACACUUUGCCAAAGAAAAGGCCAAUUUAUGAAGACAAAAAGAAGAAAAAAUCACCACAGCAGCUAGAAAAUAAAGAAGUAUCUGAACCAAUAGAAUUAAGUUCUGCUGUAGAAGUUUUGGAACAAGGAAUACCAGAAAAAGAGGAGAUACCACCUCCUGUUGAACCAGAAGAGGAAGAAGAAACUGAGGAUGCUGGAUUGGAUGAUUGGGAAGCUAUGGCUAGUGAUGAAGAGAGAGAAAAAGAAGGAACCACAGUACAUAUUGAAGUAAAAGAAAACCCUGAAGACGAGGAGGAGGAGGAAGAGGAAGAGGAGGAGGAUGAGGAGAGCGAAGAGGAAGAAGAAGAAGUAGAGAGUGAAGGCAGUGAAGGUGAUGAAGAUGAUGAUAAGGUGUCAGAUGAAAAAGAUUCUGGAAAAACUUUAGAUAAAAAACUAAGUAAAGAAGUGAGCUCAGAAUCUGAAUAUGACUCUGAUGAUGAUCGAACUAAAGAAGAAAGGGCUUAUGACAAAGCAAAACGGAGGAUUGAGAAACGGCGACUUGAGCAUAGUAAAACUGUAAAUACGGAAAAGCUAAGAGCCCCUGUUAUUUGUGUACUUGGACAUGUGGAUACAGGGAAGACAAAAAUUCUAGAUAAACUACGUCAUACACAUGUACAAGAUGGUGAAGCAGGUGGUAUCACACAGCAAAUUGGGGCCACCAAUGUUCCCCUUGAAGCUAUUAAUGAACAGACUAAGAUGAUUAAAAAUUUUGAUAGAGAGAAUGUACGGAUACCCGGAAUGCUGAUUAUUGAUACUCCAGGGCAUGAGUCUUUCAGUAAUCUGAGAAACAGAGGAAGCUCUCUUUGUGAUAUUGCCAUUUUAGUUGUUGAUAUUAUGCACGGUUUGGAGCCCCAGACAAUUGAAUCUAUCAACCUUCUGAAAUCUAAAAAAUGCCCCUUCAUUGUUGCACUCAAUAAGAUUGAUAGGCUGUAUGAUUGGAAAAAGAGCCCUGACUCUGAUGUGGCUGCUACUUUAAAAAAGCAGAAGAAGAAUACAAAAGAUGAAUUUGAGGAGCGAGCAAAGGCUAUUAUUGUGGAAUUUGCACAGCAGGGUUUGAAUGCGGCUUUGUUUUAUGAGAAUAAAGAUCCCCGCACUUUUGUGUCCUUGGUACCUACCUCUGCACAUACUGGUGAUGGCAUGGGAAGUCUGAUCUACCUUCUUGUCGAGUUAACUCAGACCAUGUUGAGCAAGAGACUUGCGCACUGUGAAGAGCUGAGGGCUCAGGUGAUGGAGGUUAAGGCUCUCCCAGGAAUGGGCACCACUAUAGAUGUAAUAUUGAUCAAUGGGCGUUUGAAGGAAGGAGAUACAAUUAUUGUUCCUGGAGUAGAAGGGCCCAUCGUAACUCAGAUUCGAGGCCUUCUGUUGCCUCCUCCUAUGAAGGAAUUACGAGUAAAGAACCAGUAUGAAAAACAUAAAGAAGUGGAAGCAGCUCAGGGGGUGAAGAUACUUGGAAAAGACCUGGAGAAAACAUUGGCUGGCUUACCCCUCCUGGUGGCUUAUAAAGAAGAUGAAAUUCCAGUUCUUAAAGAUGAAUUAAUCCACGAGUUAAAGCAAACACUAAAUGCUAUCAAGUUAGAAGAAAAAGGAGUUUAUGUCCAGGCAUCUACAUUGGGGUCUCUGGAAGCUCUGCUGGAAUUUUUGAAAACAUCAGAAGUGCCCUAUGCAGGCAUUAACAUUGGCCCUGUCCAUAAAAAAGAUGUUAUGAAGGCCUCGGUGAUGUUAGAACAUGAUCCUCAGUACGCAGUAAUUUUGGCCUUUGAUGUGAGAAUUGAACGAGAUGCACAAGAAAUGGCUGAUAGUUUAGGAGUUAGAAUCUUUAGUGCAGAAAUUAUUUAUCAUUUGUUUGAUGCCUUUACAAAAUACAGACAAGACUACAAGAAACAGAAACAAGAAGAAUUUAAGCACAUAGCAGUAUUUCCCUGCAAGAUGAAAAUCCUUCCUCAGUUUAUUUUCAAUUCUCGAGAUCCAAUUGUGAUGGGAGUGACUGUGGAAGCUGGUCAGGUGAAACAGGGGACACCCAUGUGUGUCCCUAGCAAAAAUUUUGUUGACAUUGGAAUAGUAACAAGUAUUGAAAUAAACCAUAAACAAGUGGAUGUUGCAAAAAAAGGACAGGAGGUCUGUGUCAAGAUAGAACCUAUCCCUGGUGAAUCUCCCAAAAUGUAUGGAAGGCAUUUUGAAGCUACAGACAUUCUCGUCAGUAAGAUCAGUCGGCAGUCCAUUGAUGCCCUCAAAGACUGGUUUAGAGAUGAAAUGCAGAAGAGUGACUGGCAGCUUAUUGUGGAGCUGAAGAAAGUAUUUGAAAUCAUCUAAUUUUUCCACCUGCAGCAGGAAAUGGAGUAACUGCAAUAUUGUGUUAUCACCAACAAAAACAAGACAAAAUGGAAUGGAUGUAUCUGGACACUGAUGAACUUAAGUAUGGAAGGAAAAAAAUAGGUGUAUAAAUGUUUUCCAUGAGAAACCAAGAAACUUACACUGGUUUGACAGUGGUCGAUUACAUGUCCCCACAGUUCCAACGUGCCUGUUCACUCACCCAACUCCUAUCCCCACCCUUCUCUACUGGCUGCUGUUUUAAAGUUUGCCCUUCCCCAAAUUUGGAUUUUUAUUACAGAUCUAAAGUUCUUUCAAUUUUAUACUGAUUAAAUCAGUACUGCAGUAUUUGAUUAACCAAGCUUCUGCAGAUUUUGUGAUUCUUGGGACUUUUUUGAUGUAAGAAGUAACUUCUUUAUUUAUGCAUAUCUUUCUCACAGUGAAAUUUUUUUUUUUUGUGGGGGGUGGGGCAUUCUGCCAUAUGCCCUUAGGAAUUUUUAAAAGUAGAAAAUUAGGCAUUCUGAUAUAUUUAUCUGCUUUGUGUGAAACCAUGGUGUAAAGCAUAGCUGGCUAUUUACUGCUUGUGUAGUCAUGAGAGUCCACUGUAAUCAGCACAAUUCUUAACUACCAAUAAAAACAGACAUUCACCAGUCAGCUCUGUUAGGCCUCCAUGGUAGAAUAGCUUCUCACUCAUGACUCACCAUCCUUGGUUUAGCUCUUGUAAAGGACAAGAACUAUUUUAUUAUCCAUACCUUGUGGACUAGAACAUGUUAACAACACUAGGGGUUUUUAAUAUACUGGUCUAUUUUGUCCUAGAUAUCCUAUCAUGCACACAUUUUCUGAUGAGACAAUCAGCAGUGAAUAAUUUGGGCUUAGAAGUUGUGGAGACAUCACAAUGAUUUAUUUGUAAUAAUCUGUAGUUUUAUGAUUUUUCUGAAGGAUGUGGUAAGUGGAUCCACAUGAGCAUAUAAACUCCUUCCCCCAAGGUAAGAAAUCCAUUAGCGUUAAUAUUCUUAUAACAGAUCUCUAAUACCUGACUAUUUAUAUAGCACAGUAUUAAAGUCAGUGUGGGGUAUUUGAGGAAAAUGUUCCCAAGUAUUCACUGGCAUAGAAUUAUAAAGUAUUAGGGGAUAAAAUAGUAUAGAAAAAUAUACAUUAAAGUUUCUCAAGGGCCAGUAGAGGCAAAGAGAGCACUUCUUUGAGGAAAGACUUCAAUUGUGUGUGUAUUCUAAUUCAAAUAUGUAAAUUUCCUCCAUUUGGAAGAAGUAAAGAAGAUUUUCUCAACAUGUUCCUGUGUUCAUGCUUGGGGAUGAGAUUACUUAGAACAAGUAGAAUCCCAGACUGGGACCUCUCAGGAAUUCAGAGCUCAGCAUGGAGCCUGUAACAGUAAGUAUAAUAUAAAUAGUUCAGGAUUUGGUUCUAAAGUUUUGAAAGAUUCACAAAAAAAAGACCCUGUACAAAAUAUACAUACAGUUCUUUAUUAAACAACUGUAAACACUUCACUGUAAAAAUCCAUAAAACUUUAUAAACAAACAUUUUGUAAAUAGAAACUAUACUACAGUAAAAGAAUUAACACAAUUAUUUACAUGCAAUACUGACAAAUUUGGCACUUAUUGAAAAGAAAUGUACAAAAACACUUGCUUAAAAUUAUAAAACUCAGCAUUACUAUCAUGCACUUUGCAAAUACCUCACAAGCACUUAUGGCACAGCUAGCAGAGAGCACCAGGCUCCCUGGUAAUAUUUAUGUGACUUUUAAUGUGCUUCCAUAAGUUUGUUGUAAAACCACCUGAACAUUGUCAAGAAUAAAGUCAAAUGCCAUAUUCCAAACUGAUUCCACCGACUGCUGCAUCAACCUAAAGGUGGGAAAGGAAGAGAAAUAUGAGGAAAGACUAAUUUCAGAACACCACGGUUUUAAACCAUCUAAGGGGAACAGCACUAUUUACUACCCAGUUCAUGUUUCUCCAGGAUUCAAAAUAAAGGGUAAUUACACAGUGUAUUGCCAGAAAGUAUAAAAUUUGCUCAGUGCCUUGCCUCCUUGAAUUUGCAAUGUCAUUUUUCCCCUUUGGCAAGUUACCUUUUCAUGUAUUUUAUAACUAGAUCCAGCUUUUCCAAAUCUUUUUCCUCUAUUAGGUCAGUACAGUACUUCACAACUUGUAGAAUGUCUUCUUCCAUUGGAUCUAGGAAAGGGGAAAAACUUCAAAUGAAGAUCGAUGUAUCUUCUUGAAGGACAAUUAUACUACUGAUUUGCAACUAUCAAAUGAAUGGGCUGCAAUAAGGAGCUUUUCAAAGCCAAAUCCGGCAUUCAAAAGGUUACGUAGGAUUUAGAUGGUGUAAGCUUAUUGGAAAGUGAUUUUCCAUACUUGAAUGUUCAUGUUUUCAAAUCACGGGGCCAUUACAUCUCUAAGGCUAUCUAUACCAGCCAAGCCAACCUGAAAUAGUAGUUAUCCAUUCUUUGAGCAAGGUCUUCACAUCACUGAACUCCACAGCUCCAGCUAAGUUGGGUGCUUGGGGUUUAGCAGAGCCAGACAAAUCAGGCUGCAAACCAGAAAGAUUUGGUACCUCUGAAGUGGAAGCACAGUGUUCUCCCUGUUAAGAAAAAAAAAAAAAUUAAAAUGUGCUAUAUUUAACAACGUUAAAUAUACUGAUAACAGGUCAGUAUUUUAAAGUAUGAAGUAUAUUACCAGAGGUUUCUCAGAAAUAGGACCGUAAAUAGGACCGUCGUGUCUCAGAAACCCAUCAAUUAGCUUCUGGGGACUCCCACAGGCCCCUGGCAAAGUUUUCGCAGGACUAUUAAGCAGCUUGUUUUUCAAAGGACUCUGAGUCUUUUUUUGAGGACUGAUGGGAUUUUUCUUCUUGUUUCGUUUCUUUUCUUUCACCGCUGGUGGUUUAAGCUGAAGUAAUGAAUUCUUUGGCACUAAAAGGGUGGACAGAAGAUUUUAAGCACAUGUCUGGGGAGGGGAAAAAACCUGUGCUACCCAAAGACAUUCCUCCUCCGCCCCCUGCCGAGACUGGGUGGCUGUCUUAGUGACAGCGUGUGAUAGUACAGGUUCUAAAGUUCCAAGCAUCUCUGCAAUGCUAACCUGAUUCUUGGGAAUGCUGCUUCUCUAUAAUGUGGUGCUCACAAGGAUCUGAACUAUCUACACAGUAAAUGUGUUUGUAAUGCAUGUUCAGAACCCUAAAGGAUAUAGGCUUAGUCGUACUUUUUUUUUUUUUAAAGAAUGGUGUUUCUAAGUCAAGAUACAGCUACAAUGGGAACUAUGACAACACUUACCUGAAUUGUAUACUCGUUCUGUUCCCACAAAACAAAGAGCUCUUACUGUGACCAACAGCCUAGACUGUGCCCAUUUUAUACUACAAUGGAACAAUGAUUUCAUUUCUCAUCUUCACUAUUACAUGUCACUUCUAAGGCUUACCAGAUGCACUUGCUGACUGCUGAUGAGUGGUGGUCUCUCCCUGCCUUUGUCUUUGAUCAUAAGCUGCUUUGAGUUCUUUUUGAAGCUCAGCAGGAAGGGCAGCAAACACCUCAGGAUCCACCUAGUAGAAAAAAGGUUCAAAGUCCAACAAGAGUUUUGACAGCCCAGUCUUAUUUUUCACAAAAUUUAUUGUUCUCAAAUCACUUUUUGGAUCUAGUCCCUCAAAUCAAAACUCAUUAAUUCUCAAGAUUUUAAGGUAGAAAGAAAUAACAUUUAAGAGUAAACUGACUCUUCCCUUACAGAACAAUGAAGGUAAGAAACACUAGUUAAAACUGAGAAGCAAAACAGGCUGAUGUGUAAUUUUUUUUUUUUUUUUUAAGCUUUGAUUGUGUUACUGCAAAGUGGCCCAAACAUCUGCUCUGACCAAUGGCAUAGCAGCAGGUUGUAUUGUGGGUGGAAGCACCCACAUACUAUAUAGCCUCCUCCUUCAUUCCCCCAUUGUUCUACUCAGUUGCCUCAAGAGGCUGGUCUUUUAGUCUAUGUCCUGCUGCAGAUGGUGUAGGGAUAGGCUAAUCUACCUCUUCCCCCCCAUGAAAUGAGAGUUGAGGGUACAAGAGGAAAAGGGAACUGAGGUAUGUCUGGAGUAUGAUGGGUGAGACUAUUUUAACUGGAAGGUCCCUAAAUUUAACUUGCCUGUGAAAAUGCUGGAAGGGCUAUUACAUUAAUUCCUGUGUCACUGUUAGAUUCUUGAGGUUCUGGUAUUUGCAACAAAACUGUCCCAACUGGUUGUGGCAAAAUUCCUGCACUACAGCCAUUUAUUGGUUCGUUCUUUUUGUCACCAUGUGGUUCUCCUUGCUGCCCAGCACAAGCCUGCUCUACUUGUUCCCGGAGGUCUGGUGGAAGUGCUUCUAAAACAGACUGAUCAAGCUGUAAAAUACCAUACAUACAAGAGUCUAAAGUUAAAGCAUGUUCAGAGAAGAUGUUGGAAGAGUUAAUACAACUUUAAUUUCUGUUUGAACAUCUUUGGUAAUGAAACAAGGGGUAGAUACCAAGCCAGGAAAACCAUCUCUCAUUUUAAACCAGCAGUUUGGCCUUUUGCCAUUUAAACCUGAGUAGCAAGGCAUGGAAUUUGGAGAUGUCAGCAGCCAGUUCCAGAGAAACACUAAGUACAAAUUAUACUCUGAAUUUCGUGGACUGGAAGACUAUAGGUAGCGCCUUAGUCAAGCUCAAAUCUUAGUGGGAUCUAAGCCUAUGGCAUGUCGAAUUUUGGGACUGGGUAAAAGCCCUGUGUCAGAAGUUUCUUCUUUCCAGCCUACAAACCAGAAUCUCCUGGGAUUUUUGUUUUUGGCCAGGCCCUCCCUCUGCCCAUCUCAUCAGGCUAUUCUAUUAUGGGAUUGUUUCCAAUCUCAUCUUGCCAGGAUCAACUAUUUUUGGGUAACUCAUCAGAAACUAGGACUCAAAUAUGCCUCAAAAUUGCCUCUUUCCCUAUUAUCAGUCCGUAUGUAUCUCCCUCAGUCAGCAUCCUACCACUUGAGGGGAGUAAUGGACACAAACUGACUUCUCCAAUUGAGCUGAAAACUCAAUCCCAGCAAUAUGCCACAUUUACAGUCCAUACCAACUGAAUUAUGUCAGGAAAAUCAUUCAGGUUGCAAAUAUUGCAAGAAAAACCUUUGGCACCUCUACUAAUGAUCAGCAAGGCUGCACUGCUGACUAGAGAGCUCAGUGGACGUGAUUACCACUAUUAAGAGGUGGUAAAGUGGCUGCUGACUGAGUACAGAGAACUGGCUUUCACUGGUAUCUCUCAACCUGCCAAAAUCAGAAAUUUCCCACUUGGUGUUCAACAGCAGAAGUGUCCCUUUCUUGGCUAUACUGAUAAAGGAAUUCAUAAGUCAUUCCUAUUGUAUGACCACUUUUGCACUUACGUCAUACUUAGAACUAUAAAAAUAUACCUGGGAAGGUGAUGGGACCUCUAUACUCAGGUUAAGUCUUGAUUUUAAACUGAUGGGAGGAUGCAGACCAUUCCAUUUCCCUGAAGACUCAGUGGCUUUGCUAGUAACAGGACUGAUACUUGAUGUCAGAUGUGUAGAAAAAGAUGGCAAGAAAGUGCAAGUUCUAGAAGCAGAUGAUAUUUCUAGGUCCAUAGCUGCUAGAAACACUGAAAAGUAUAGAAAAACAAGUCUUUAGAUCUUGGGGAAUGGUAUGGACUAAUCCAUAGCAAGUAAAAUUUUGAUUCAUAAUUCAGAACAAUUUUUUGUUAGAGAGCUAUUGCCUUCCUAAGGAUAUCAGCAGGACCAAAAUGAGAAACACUGCUGAACAAAACUGACCUUCUUUGUGUUCCUCUUCUGUGGAUUUCUUAGCUUUUUGAACUUGGAAUAGAUCAAGGACAGAGUGUGAUCCAGCAGAAAAGUGGCUUGACUGAACUGAUGGGCGAGUGGGACAGGCGGAAGUAUUGGAAUUAGUUGGAACCAGUUGAUUCACUUGAAUCCCAACCUAGAACCAGAAAAAAGAAUGUUUCUAGAAAAAGUAGAAGGUAAAGAUAUGAAUCCA